UACCUGUCCCAGGUAUUGUCAAGCAAACACUGUUUAUUUGUCGAGGAGCUUUUUUUGUACUUUUCUGUUCGGCUUAAAUGUGGGUCUUGGUAACGUCAACACGGCGCCACAAAAGACAGGCAGAGGAGAGAAAGAGCUCGAGUGCCGUUCUUAGUUCUCCUUACGUGGACUCGAAAACACAAAAACCGAGUGACGUCCAUCUUGUUGAAGUAAAAAAGGGAAGAUUUUUAACUUAACAACUGCUUUUCCCAAUCACUGUCGUAAGUUGCGAUUUUAUCAUUUGCGCUGAAGUUUUGUUAGAUGGUUGUUCAUUUAGUUUAGAGACAUUACUCGAAGUGCGAAUGAUCAUCGAUGGUGCAUGGCACACAGACCCCAUCCAGAGGCGCAUCACAACCGUUAGUCAUCAAAAUGAAAGGGGUCUUUCUUCACCUCUGUUUGGUUGUGUUUCUGAGCCAUGGUGGUCAUCCUACACCCAUCUCGUCAAGUUCUGACAGAUUAGACGCAGAUGAGCUGAAAAAGCUUUUAGCACUGAAAAAAGAAUUAACAAUUGAUGCUGGAGGGGACCAGGAGAAAAGAGAUGAAGUUGCGAAUGUCGUAGCACUGCUGGAGAAUGAACUUGAAAGGAACCAAGAGCUAGAAAGACAAGCCGAGUAUAAGCGCUAUUUGGAUUCCCUGAAAGAAGGAGACCUCCACGAAGGCGACAUAUUAGUUGACAAGGAGCUGCUAGCAAUGCUUAGAGAUGACGUCAGUGAUGCACCAGCGGAGAAGAGACAGAUGACGUCACGGCCUAAUAGGAAGUGGAGAAAGUCUGGUAAUGAUGUCAUCAUUCCCUAUACCAUGGCUGCCGGUGGUUCAGCUUCUUAUGCGUUCCAAUUAGCGAUUAACAGUCUGAGGAUGUUAACUUGCAUCAAAUUUCAAGCCAGGACAAAUCAGAUGGACUAUAUUAAAGUAACUGGAAGUGGUAGCAGUUGCUUUUCGUCCUAUGGUAAACAAGGUGGCAUGCAGACACUGAAUCUUGGGAACGGAUGCUUCAGCAAAGGCACUGUGCUGCACGAAAUACUUCAUGCGGUUGGAUUUUUCCACGAACAAAGUCGACCUGACAGAGAUAAUUACGUCACCAUCAAUUAUAGAAAUAUCAAAUCCGGAAUGUCGAGCCAAUUUGCAAAGAAACGAUCUUGGGAAGUAACAACCAUGGGCCAACCGUACGACUUCCAGUCUCUGAUGCACUACAGAAAUACUGAAUUCAGCGCCAACGGACAGAAAACGAUACAGGCAAAAGCCAACCCAUCCAUGUCACUCGGGAAUGACGACUUGUCUGCAACUGAUGUGGACAAGAUUAAUUUGUUCUACGGAUGUCCACAAGCUGCAUGGAGAAUGGACGACUUUGUGAUUCAAGUAAAGACCAGUUCUUCUUGGUUUUCUGGCACCGAUGCCAAGGUUUAUAUGGAAUUGUUCUGGGCAAAUGGCGUGAAUUCUGGAGAAUUCCCAGUCCAGGGAGAAUUUGAGAGGAAGUCCGUGGAUACCAUGGAUCUGUAUUUGCCGAACGAGAGCAAUCUGAGUAAGAUAAAUAUUCGUCAAGAUGGCACUGGUUUUGGCUCCGAUUGGAAACUAGACAGGGUGACAAUAGAAGAUAAAACCCGCAGUACAAGAUACGAGUGUUAUUGCAACUGCUGGUUAAAGAACACUCUUGCCAAGACCGUCUCCUGUAGACGACUUUAAUCGGCAUGGAGGCCACCCCAAUAGAACACCAAUAUUGUCCACCCCGGCCAAUUUUCACUGUGAUCGCUAUACCUUUUGGAGAGUAGGCCUACCCGUAUCCGCGAUAAAGUGGGCCAAGUCAUCUUUACCGCCCCAAAUGAAGAGAUAUUAUCUCCUCGGUGGCCUUUCAUUCAUAAGUUAAAUUGACAACGAUUUUUAAAAAUCAGUCACUACAUGCUCUGCAAUUAAAUUGAUCGAUUGAUUUUACAUGCAAGCGUUUACCUGUACUGAUGCUGUAAAAUUCAUUUUCCGUCCCACAUACAGGCCUACAAUGUAGGCCUACUUUAGAAAUCUCAAAGGCACAAUAUACAUGUUUUAACUCAAAUUACUUAAAUUAGUUUUGUUCAAAAAGUAAUAUGACCCUUAAUUGUAUCAUUUUUUUUACAUUGAAUGUGGAUAAGAUAUUAAACGCGCCAAUGGACGCUAAGCAAGUAAUAAGAUCGCCAGGGACGAAGUGGGAUGCCUGCAUAGGCAAUUGACCUCACUAAAAUUAUGU